UGGCUUUGGUCGCGGACAGGUCGGCUUAUUUCGACGGUAGAGUCGAACGGUGGUGCAUAGCCCGACAACUGAUUCUCUCGGAGUGCUGGUGGAGAGGGAGAAAGAGAUAGUCAAAUAUUAAAGGAACAAACCUGGAGGAUGCUUCGAGUUUAUUCCAGUAGGUUAUGAAUUCGGAUACAAAGGACAACCUUAUAAACCAAACGCAUCUGCAGAAAAACCAGAUCAUCAUACGAAUCGGAUUAUGGCAGAUUUGAAGAAUCUCAGUUUGAGUGGGGGAGGUGGAUCGAGGUACAAUGGCGACGAGCAGGUACAAUUUAUUCCCGGUGGAAGUCAUCAAGUGACAAUCAGAUCUCCACCGCCAUCUUUACAUUUGGAGAACCUCAAUAAUGCGGUCCUGGGAGGCUCGCAGAACAAUCUUCAGUGUAGUUGCAAUGGUGUCACAUCAAACGGUUCCGCGGGCACAGCUUGCACGGGAGGUGUGUUAGCAAGGAAAGUUCAAAAUCACAGUGGCGCCAGUCCUGGGCAAGGAAACAAAAGGCCGGCUGUUUCACUGACGCAUCUACCAAAAAGGCCACCAGUCGACAUCGAGUUUAAGAAUCUCGCCUACAGCGUUUCCGAGGGCAGAAAACGAGGUUACAAGACAAUUUUAAAAUGUGUGAACGGAAAAUUCAGAUCCGGCGAAUUGACAGCCAUAAUGGGUCCAUCGGGUGCCGGAAAAAGUACUUUGAUGAACGUUCUGGCUGGUUACAAAACGUCUCAUCUGAGUGGAUCAGUAUUGAUAAAUGGAAAGGAUAGAAAUCUUCGAAGAUUUCGAAAGAUGUCUUGUUAUAUUAUGCAGGACGAUCGGUUGCUUCCACAUUUGACUGUUCACGAGGCCAUGACUGUAUCUGCUAAUUUAAAAUUAGGGAAGGACAUAAGUGCGACAGCAAAAAAAGUUGUGAUCGAAGAAAUCAUUGAAACUCUUGGACUGAACGAUGCCAAUAAUACUCAAACUCACAAUCUCAGUGGUGGACAAAGAAAGAGACUGUCGAUUGCUUUGGAGCUCGUCAAUAACCCUCCGGUUAUGUUCUUUGACGAACCCACUUCUGGUUUAGACAGCUCCUCCUGUUUCCAGUGUUUAAGUCUGCUGAAAUCCUUGAGUCGAGGAGGAAGAACGAUCAUAUGUACGAUACAUCAACCAAGUGCAAGACUUUUUGAGAUGUUCGAUCAUUUGUAUUUAUUAGCCGAGGGACAAUGUAUAUAUCAAGGCAAUGUAGGUGGUCUAGUACCAUUUUUAUCUUCGAUGGGCCUAGAUUGUCCAAGUUAUCACAAUCCAGCAGAUUACGUUAUGGAAGUAGCAUGCGGAGAACACGGUGAAUGCGUUCACAAAUUGGUAAUGGCCGUUAAUAACGGCAAAUGCAAUAAUUAUCAACAUCAUCAAGCCGCGAUAGCGGCAAGUCAAACGGUUUCAAAUGAUAUUGCUAAGCAAUCACCUACUCAAGAACAAACCAAACCAGAAGCUCCAACCUUGAUACCAAAUGGUGUUGCUAAACCAGCCGCUGAUGGUACUGUCAUCAAUAUGCCAAUUUCUUGCACGACUUCUUUGCUGGACAGUGCCGAAAGCAUAGAACAAAAAGUUGGAUUCCCGACCAAUGGAUGGGUGCAAUUUUGGAUUCUACUUAAGAGAACAUUCCUUUCGCAGUUAAGAGACAUGACAUUAACGAAAACAAGGCUGAUAUCUCACAUAAUCGUUGGUUUUCUCAUCGGUGCUAUAUACUACGAUAUCGGUAACGAGGCCUCGAAAGUUAUGAGUAAUGCCGGAUGCGUCUUCUUCACUGUAAUGUUUCUUAUGUUCACUGCUAUGAUGCCUACCAUACUCACGUUUCCCACAGAGAUGGCAGUGUUCGUGAGAGAACAUUUAAAUUAUUGGUAUUCAUUGAAAGCUUUCUACUUUGCUAGAACUUUAGCCGACUUACCGUUUCAGAUAAUUUAUUCCAUAGCUUAUGUGAUGAUCGUCUACUUUAUGACUUCGCAACCAUUGGAGACUGAAAGGUUUCUCAUGUAUCUAAAUAUAUGCGUAUUAACGUCGUUGGUAUCACAAUCCAUCGGUUUGUUAAUAGGUGCUGCUAUGAGCGUCGAGAGUGGGGUUUUCAUUGGACCUGUGUCAUCGGUCCCAAUCGUCCUAUUCUCAGGGUUCUUUGUUAACUUUAAUGCGAUACCUUCGUAUCUAACGUUCCUUUCAUACGUGAGUUACAUCAGAUACGGUUUCGAAGGUGCUAUGAUCUCUGUAUACGGUUACAAUCGUGCGAAGCUCAAGUGUUCCGAUGCAUACUGCCAUUUCAAGAGCCCGACGAAAUUUUUAGAAGAAAUGUCGAUGGAAAACACCGUUUAUUGGGUCGACGUAGUCGCCCUUGUUGGAUUUUUACUCGGUCUAAGGGUAGUCGCCUAUUUCGUCUUAAGGUUGAAAUUACGAUCGCUCCGUUGAAAAUAUUAAUUCGAUUACGUCGACGCGCUCCGAUGGCAGACAAUAAGAAAAAUAAUAAAUGAAAAUAAAAAGGAAACUAUAAAGGAAUGAAGAGAAAAGAAAAGGAAAAGAAAAAGAACGAAGAAAAUGAAAUCAAUUUGAAAGAGUAACGAAGUCAGGAAUAUUCGAAGAGGGUGCUGAAUUAUUCGUGGAUUCAACAAAACUCGCCUGACUUUUUUUCUGGAUGAAAGAAUAAUAAGAGAAGAAGAAGAAGAAGUAGAAGAAUGAUACUUCGUAACGUUUUUACUUCCUCGAAGAAACUUCAUUCGAGAAAUGGAUUACAGAUUUUCCAAUGCCAGACACUUUUAAAAGUAUAUAUAUAUAAGUGAUACGCACGAUUUUGUUGCGUUAACAUUUUUAUAAUAAGAAAAGAGAUCUCCCAAACAAAACAAAAGAGGUUUCUGGCGUUGGAAAAAAUAACAUGGAAGUAAAGUAGGUGAUAAAAAAUGAAAAAAAAAAACGAGUAGGUGGAUGAGGAGGAGGAAGAAAUUAAAAAGGGAAACCACUGUUCGCUUUGUUAUUAAAAUAUGAUACACACAUAUACACACACCCAUACUACAUACAUACAAAUACAACGUGUUUCCUUGUGCUUUUGAUAUUAUCCGAAUUUUAUAAUUUGACUUACUAGAGAUCGAUUGAAAUGAUGGUACCAUGACGUCACAGAUUCUCAUAUAAACACUUAUACACUCAUAUAAAAGAAAAAGAGACUGUGAAUCAAACAGGAUAAAACACUUGCAGAACAGAUAUACAGUUAUACAUAUAUAAAUAAUACAGAAAAGCAUAGGUACAUCAAAUAUAUAUGUAAAAAAGAAAAAGAAAGAAAGAAAGAAAAGAAAGAAAAAAAAAAACAAAAAUCGUAGCUCGACCGUUUGAGUCGAUAUUCUAGCAGAUAAAAAAAAGUUUUCAUAGGCCAGGACUAUUUAAGUACGAAGCCUAAAUAAGAUUUCAUCGAAUUAUAACGACAGUAUCAAAGAAAGAGGAGGAAAGAAAAAGAAAGACGAUUAUUACUACCAAUAAAAUAUAAUAAUAAUAAUAAUAAUAAUAAUAAUAAUAAUAAUAAUAAUAAUAAUAACGCGAAGAGAAGAACCAGAAUUGACGAAUCAUAAAAAAGCGCGUAGUAUAAUAAUAAAUAAAUAAAUAAAUAAAUAAAUAAAUAAAUAAAUAAAUAAAUAAACGUAGAUAUUUCUUAUAAGGGAUGAAUGUAGCGAAUGCGCAUUAGUUAGGCUAUUUUAACGAAUCCCGUAAUUAUAAUAAUUAUCUAAUGAAGACAAAAAUAAGAAAAGAAAAGGAUAGAAAUACGGACUUGUAUAAGUAUAUAUAUAUAUUACAUAUUCCAAGAGAACGGUCAGCGUUUGGUCGAAGAGUCAAACAAAAAGUGAGAAUGACAAUUGUUCAUAGCCAAUUACUACUAAACUCGCCAGGAGCCUUAGGCCCAUUCAAGACUCGUUUCCCUCCAACGAUCGCGCGCGUCUAUCGUAAUUAAAUAAAAAAAAAAAAAAAAAAAUUAAAAAAAUUAAAAAGCAGUGGAAAAAAAAAAU